CUUCGCGCCACAUAUCUGUGUGACAAUUAGUGCUAAUAGCUAAAGUGAUCUGUGUGCAUCUGCAGAGGAAACGGUUGUGGUCAUCUGUUCUGUAACGGAGGUGUAUUGGAGUGUUUUCUUGCCAUCAUAGCGGUGCUAACAACAGGCUUCAUGCUGCUGCGGAAAUGGAUAGCUGGUGGUGUCUGCAAAAGCUGUGCUCGUCUCGAUGGAAAGACGGUUGUGAUUACCGGUGCUAACACUGGGAUUGGCAUGGAAACAGCAAAAGAUAUGGCUCGUAGAGGGGCUCGGGUAGUGAUGGCCUGCCGAGACCUGACUCGUGCCGAGAAUGCUGCAGAGUAUAUUCGACGCUCCACAGGAAAUGGCAAUGUAGUCAUCAGACACUUAAAUCUGGCAUCUCUGUAUUCUGUCCGAGAAUUUGCCAAAGAGUUCAUAGCAACAGAGGAACGACUGGAUAUACUUAUAAACAAUGCAGGUGUUAUGAUGUGUCCAAAGUGGGUCACAGAGGAUGGCUUUGAGAAACAGCUGGCUGUCAAUCACUUGGGACACUUUCUUCUGACCAAUCUACUGUUGGGAAUGCUAAAGAGAUCCUCCCCCAGCCGCGUAGUUAAUUUGUCUAGUAUUGCACAUGUUGGUGGAAAUAUUGAAUUUGAUGACCUGUUCUUUGACAAAAGGCCUUACAGUCCUUUGCUCAGCUAUAAACAGAGUAAGCUGGCCAAUGUGCUUUUCUCUAGAGAGCUUGCACGGAGAAUAAAAGGUACAGGGGUCUCCUCGUACUGCCUUCAUCCAGGAGUGAUUCGAACAGAGCUGAUUAGGCAUAUUCUGGUACAGUACCCAGUGCUGAAGAUUGUACUGUCUGUGCCUUGUAUUCUGCUGAUGAAGACUCCUUGGCAGGGUGCUCAGACCUCCAUCUACUGCGCUGUCACUGAGGGCUUAGAGAGCAAGUCUGGCUGCUACUUCAGUGAUUGUGCUGAAAAAGACCCUGCACCAGAAGGAAAAGAUGAUGAAGUAUCAAGAAGGUUGUGGGAGGAAAGCGCUCGGAUGGUUGGACUAAACAGCCGCCAUUGAUACGUCAUAGUACUACACUCUUCCUGACUGUAAGCGCUCCACCUAGUGGUGAUACCUGUCACCCUAAACUCUGACCAGAGGUGGCCACAGAUGUGAGUGAAGUCGUGACAGAAAUAGUGUCAAGGCAAAUUACAUGAUUUGCAUCAAAAGAUUAUCAUUUAUCAGCCUUUUUUCUUUUCUUUUCUUUUUUUUUUUGGAAAAGGAUAAUCAAGAAAAAGUCUCAGAGAAUUUAGAUGCCUUGUUGUGUUUUCUAAAAACAAAAAACAAAUUCACAUUCUUAUCAUCUGUACAUAUGUCAGAUAUAUUAAACACUGAUUUAGGGAAAGAGCAAAAAGCAAAACAUUUUUUUUUUUUUAACCAUCCAGCACUGAAUUAAGUUUUAUCAGAAGCUUUGCUCUCAGGAUUAAUACUUGAUGAUGGGAUAUUGCCCAUUCUAGCACUCUUUACACUGUGUCUAUAUCUUAUUAGAACAAAGAAACUAUAGCUGUAUCGUGUUCAGAAUGUGCAUACCUAUUUAAAUAGAUUGUAUUUAUUAUCAUUUAUAUAUACUGUAGCCACUAGAUGGCGUUGAAGAUCCCCUCCCUAAAUUAUGAAACUGUAAUCCCUUCACAAUGGAGCAUUGCAAGUCUAUUGAAAAGAAAUAAAUGAUGUGAUGGAAAGAAGCAGAGACUGAAUCACAUGAUCGCCUUGUGAUGUGGUUGUACAUUUGCAGUUAUGUAACAAUUACUAUACAAUCAAUAUAAAACAGUCCAGCUCCUGUUUUUCUUUA